AUGGCACCGCAUCACGAGCCUUUCAAGGCUCUCGCGCCCGUCAAAUGGGAUACCGUCGCAGAGAACGACCCAAAAGACUUCAUUCAUAACGUAUUCUCCGAAGCCCAAACGAUCAUCGACUCGAUCCCCGUUCCCGCCGCCAUCCAGCAGGCCGCGACACAAACGACGGGCCGCGCCCGAUCUCACACCGAUCCGCCUCAGCACGUCACCGACAUCAACCGCACACUCUCCCAGCAGCGCCAGACCGCUGCUUCCCUUGCCUUGUCGCGCGACCUGUCCAAGGAAUGGAAAGAAGUCAAGGUCAACCCCCGGGACAACCCACUUGCAAUCAACGUCUACAAACUCGCCGCCAAGGAUGGCAAGGGCAGCUGGUUUGCGCGGCGUAGCGUUCACGAUGGCCUUACCUUUGAAAAGUGGAAGCUUGGUCUGGAAAGGGAGUUUGCCGAGUCCAUGAAGGUGCAAAGCGGGCCUGGAGCCGGCGCCAUUCGGGGCAUCGGUGCGGAAAAGAGAGUGGAACACCAGGUUAUUGACGGCGCGGGAAAGAUGGAAGUGUUUCAACUAUCGGCGCAGUUUCCAGGCCCGACGGCUCCGAGAGACUUUGUUACCCUGCUCCUGACUUCCGACUCUUCCGCCAAAAGCCCCGCGCCGGAGGGCGGAAGGCGACCGCUGAGAACCUUCAUGAUAGUGUCGAAGCCAUGCGUCCAUCCCGAGUGUGCCGAGAGGCAGGGCUAUAUUCGAGGCCAGUACGAAUCGGUUGAGAUCAUUCGCGAAGUUCCGUCGGACAAGCCGUCAAUCACCCGCGCAAAGUCGUCCAUCGAUUUAAGCCACGAUAGCACACAAGAAAGACAGGCAGUUGCCGAGUCAAUGGGGAGGGAAGCGGUUCUACGGGCAGCAAAGAAGGCAGCCGAUGACGGUGGGCGACAGCGCGGAGCUUCUGUCGACAGCGCCCCCGCAAGAGACGAUGCUGGACUAAGCGGGGAUACUGCUGAUGAUGAAUCAUCGACGACGAUUGAGUGGCUCAUGGUCACUCGCAGCGACCCCGGUGGAAAUGUGCCCAGGUUUCUGAUCGACCGCGGUACUCCCGGCGGUAUCAUUGGCGAUGCAGGCAAGUUCAUCAAGUGGAUGACGGCCAAGUCCGCAGACGACUUCACAACUUCCGACACCGAGCAGGAGGAGACGAAGGAGAGUGCCAAGCAAGCUGAGCAUGAAAAGGCCGUAUCUCCAAUGGAAGUUGCCAAAGAGCCGACGUCAAAUUUGGUGCCCGAUCCCUCGGCGCAGGAUGAUGCGGUCCCGCCUAGUAGCAAUGGCCUCUACGGUAUUAUCUCUGGGGCGUUCGGACUGGCAGGGUCUGCAGUAGCAAGCCGCCUUCCGAAUAACUUGCCCGGCAUGUUCACAGCGCCGAGCACUAACGGCUCGAUAGCUGAAGAGGAGGAAGACGAGACGAACGAGAGUGACACCUCAUCCAUUCGCAGCUUCGCCUCCGCCGUCGAAAAGACGGAUGAGGGUGAGGCCUUGACUCCUCCCGACGUUUCGCAGCCCGACGCCGCGUCCCUGCACUCCUCCGGUUCGGGCGGGGGUUCCCUGCACAAGACCACGUCGUCGCAUCACGAGCGGGAGCUCAGGAAGCUCCAGGAGCGUCGUAAGAAGAUGCAGGACAAGAUCAACAAGAUGCAGGAGCGCAUGUCUAGCAAGCGUGCGGAGGACUCGCAGAAGGACGCCGCGCAGGUAAACAAGCUGCGCGAGAAGCACGACAAGGAGAUCGCCAAGCAGGAAGAAAAGUACCGUCGCGAGCUGAAGAGGCUGGAGGAGAGACGCGAACAGGAGGAGCGCAAGGCCACGGAGAGGCGACGCAAGCAGGCGGAGAAGGAGGAGAGGGGCAAUAUUGCCAUGGAGCUCGAACGGGUCAAGUCCGAGCGCGACGUCGCGCUGAAGCAGAUUGAUAUACUCAAGGAGCAGAUCGGGGACCUGCAGAGUCAAAACACGAUGCUGGUGGCCAAGAUGGGUCGCUUGGGAGGUUUGAAGAGGGAGGACUCAGCAGUGUGGAGUACCUCGGGCGAGAAGAUGGCCCAGAGCGUCUCUACUUAG